GGUGCUCAAGCAUCAGGAGAUAUUUGAGCUUCCGUUGCCUCAACCCUCGACCCAUUCGGCCUCGCCCCAGCCGCAUCCGUUUCGAAGCUUCAAAGCCCAGCCUCCUCUGCAAUAUGCCGACACCUGAAUCCGAGCUCUUCAAGAGCCAGAAGCCCACGGUGGCCCCCACAUUCAACGGCGUCGACUUUGACGAUACCAAGGCUUUCAAGGCUGCCGAGGAUGCCAUCAUUCGGGAACAAUGGGUUGGCGCCAUGAUGACUCGCAUCGUCGGCGAGGAAUUGGGCAAGUGCUACGUCCGGGAGGGAGUCAACCACUUGGAGAACUGCGGCCAUUUGAGAGAAAAAUACCUGCAAUUGCUGGCGGCGAACAAGGUUAAGGGAACCAAGUUUAUCCAGCAGAACUACUUGGAGAAGAAGGACCAGGACUUUGAUUUGGAGCGCAAGGUGCACACAAGCGACAAGAUUGCCAAGCUGAACCAGGGACGAUUCUCAUGAAUUUGAUCAAUCCAAGUGUUUAAACAUGUGUCAUAGUAUUUUUGAAUUAUUGGGCGGCCGAAUCAACCGGCGGAGGGCUUGUCUGGGAUGGAGUAGAGCCAUGGUUUAGAACUACCGCCAUGAUAUUGAGCGCAGAGGCUGAAUGCUCUGCCAAUGUAUAUAUCAGGAAGCAACGGAAUUAAAUUUGAAUAAAAAGUAAACUAUAGAAACCUACCAAUGC